GUGUGCUCUGUCUUAAAGUCUCAGUAGGCUGUCCCAAUCUUCUCAUAAGGAAACAAGUGCUCCUUCCCCAGUGACUGCUAGUCUCAGUGGGAUACAGUUUGUGCAGUGCCAGUUGCUGUUGCCAAAAUUGGGGCUGUGACAGGAGGAUUAUGUUCCAAAGGUGCUGGAAGCACUAUGCAGCCAGAUACAGAGAGAACCCGGCCACGGCCCAAGAAACCUGAUAUGGCCUUAUAUGUUCCCAAGGCACGACGGGAUAUGGCGAUCUCAAAAACCGGUUCCAAAUGUGGGCAAGAGGAGAGUCAUUGUCCCAUAGGGAAGGAAAGCAUUAAAGGCUGUAAGGCGAGCCAGAGUGCCAGAGCUGGAAGAAACCUGCUUCACAGUGGUCAAGGAGGAACUGGCUCCCCCAGGCAAGCAAGAGAACCUUUGUCUCUUGACUGGAGUCAUAAUGCAUUUUGCCAAAGUAACCCAAGCCCAAAGGUGCAGGAAGAGGAGAGACUGCAGUCCCAACAGAAUUCCAGAUUGCAUCAGUUCCUCCCCUUUUCCAGCCUCCUAGGCCCAGUGUCGACACCACUGCCCAACAGUGAGGGAGAAAUGCCUUUGGAGUGCUCCAUGACACCCUGUGCUGAAUGCCUAAAGGGACUGGCAGAGCUCCAUCUUCAGGCAGGGCAGACUAAGGUAGCUCACACUUGGGGACAAGAUCAUCUAGUUCCAUCAGCAAGUCAGGACACUUUCUCUUUGCAAAGAACUCACACUCUUGGCAGGAACAAGCAGUCAGGAGCACUUCUCCCAGACCAGGUAGGGCUGAGUGAAGAAAGUAUGCAAGUGUACAACAGUGAUAGACUCAUGAGUCAGAGACAGCUGAGUGAAGUGAGUGUGCUGGGUAGCAAGGAGAGCAUAAGGAAAGCUGUAGCCAUAGGUGAUUCAGAACCAACUAGAAUAAGACAGGAUGACAUAUCUGAAAAUGGGGGCAAUUGGGUUCCAGAUAGCACAAAAAUAUGUGAGGAUGACUCACCAUGUACAAGUGAAAGACUGUCCGAUCAGGCAGUAAUAGGCAAGAGUAGCCUGCUGGGGCACUUUGACGAGAGCAUCCUGGUUUGCACAGAAGUGGUUGGAUGUGAUGAGUUUCAGUGCCUAGAUGAGAGCAACUCCAAUCAGACAGAGAUGAGUGGUAGCAGUAUCUUGGAAGAUACUCACAAGCGACUUGCAGUGCAGACAGGACGAGAGGCAGGCAGUAGUACCAAAGAUGUUUUUGUUCAGGCACACACAAGUGAGCAUAGCACACUAGAAAAUGGAAGAGAGUGUGGGAAUAAUGUGUCUAGCCAUGUAGUUGAACACAUGUCUGAUCAGAAUGACGUGAGCUUGGAACAUGGGCCUGAAUACUGGGAUCGGAGUGUUUUGACUGAUAACCUAAAAGAGAGUGCAAACAAGCAUUUCCAAGAUGGCUCAGGGAUUGCUACAGGCCAUAAUUGUUCAAAUAGUCCCUGUGGGAGAUUAAACAGUCUGCCCUGUUGUGUCUUCGAGAUAGUGGAGGAUAAAACAGGACAAGUGUGUAGCAGUGAAGGUGGGGAAGUGGGAAGCUUCUCCAGUACUACCUGCAAAUGUGAAGCUGAUGCUCCUGAAGCUGCACAGUUGAUGGGAGAGGCCAGUUUGGAUUUAGGAGAUCAAAGCACUGAGGGGAGAGACAGUGCUGCAUCCAGCAGGUCUUCCCAAGAGGCUGCUAUCCAGUUCCUGGAAUGUGCCUCUGAGAAGAUGGCUUGCUCUUCAGAGAGCAUUCUACCCAGAGCAGGGGCACCCUUAAGUGACAGCUCUGUGGAAGAGCCAGCCCAUGGGGAUGUGGGCAUGAGGUUAAACUAUCCACCCAAAACAGAAAGAGAAGCUGGACAGAAAGUGCCAUCCAGUUGGGAGGAACCCACUAGAACCAGUGCCGGUCCUGGAACUCAUGGUGAGAAUGACAACAUGGCAGAUGAAAGCUGGGAUGCUCUGUUUAAUGAUGAUGGUGAAUGCCGGGACCCACACUUUCUGGAGGGGCUGGCUGCUCCCAGUCCAGCCACUACAAGACUACAGGAGCCACGAUUUGACUACUAUAACUACUCUCCAGCGGAUCUGGACUUGAGCGACUCUGAGCUGCCACAUGUCAUUGAGAUCUAUGACUUCCCAGCUGAGUUCCGCACAGAGGACCUGAUGCAUGUCUUCUGCAGUUACCUGAAGAAAGGCUUUGACAUUAAAUGGGUAGAUGACACGCAUGCACUGGGUAUCUUCUCCAGCCCCAUCACAGCUCGGGAUGCUCUCACCACCAAGCACCUGAUGGUGAAAACCCGUCCUCUGUCACAGGCCACACGAGCUGCAAAGACUAAGGCUCGAGCCUUUGCUGAGUUCUUGCAGCCAGCCAAAGAGCGCCCAGAGACUUCAGCUGCCCUGGCCAGGAGACUGGUGACAGGAGCCCUUGGGGUGCGGAGCAAACAAAGUAAGGCAGAACGUGAAGCUGAACGCAAGCAGUUGCAAGCAGCCCGAGAGCGGAAGCGCCUGGAGGCCAAGCAGAGAGAAGAUGCCUGGGAAGGCCGUGAAUGAGCCAACACCUUCGCAUGGAGAAGGGAAGAGAGAUAACAUUUGCUUGAGACUCUGACAGAAGAUGGGCAGGCUGUGUCUAUAGCACUGAGAAAAUCCUACCAUAGCAUUUGGGGUGAGCAGCAAGGCAUGAGCCCAUUGUGGCCAUUCUUGAGUAGCGAAACUCUGCCAGAGUGUGAUGCACUUGCUCAAGCUAGCAUCCCUCCUGGGUUUGUUUGAGAAUCUGAAAGGUUGGGGAGAGAAGCUAGCAGUGCCUCAAAAUGAGUUGCCAUCUAGGCAUUGAGCCCAAAGCUUGGGCCAGGCAUUGUCCCUUGUGAGCUUGAUUUGUGCCACAGAGAUAUAAUCGUAAUGACCAAGUACUGUUACCUUGGGUGGUUUGGAUCCAGCGUCUACCUAUUCUGUGGGUUAGCAAACAGACCCCUGAGCAGUGCUGUUUUCAAUGGGGCUAGACUGAGCUGCAGCAGAUUUUAGAAUGGGCCACUAGUGUGGCCAGGUAUGCUCACUAUUGUCUUUGCUAUUAAAGUUUCUUUUUCUUUUA